UGUCAAUCUCUUAUCUACUUAAAAACAGUAUGUUUUUAUUUGUGUUGUAAUUUAUUAUUUAAUUAAAUUAGGUUUGCGAAAUUUUAAUAAACAUUUUUGCUAAUAAUAAAAACAUGGCAAACUCCACGAAUACUAACGAGUCUUAUAAUUUUAAAGUUGUACUACUAGGAGAAGGUUGUGUAGGGAAAACGAGUCUUGUAAUCCGAUAUAUAGAAGAUAAAUUUAAUCCAAAACAUAUAUCUACGAUACAGGCUUCAUUUUUAACUAAAAAGAUAAAUUUAGAUGGUAGUCGUAUAAAUCUAUCUAUAUGGGAUACAGCAGGACAGGAGAAAUUUCACGCUUUGGGGCCCAUUUACUAUAGGUCUUCGAACGGUGCAGUAUUAGUUUAUGAUAUUACCGAUGAGGAUUCUUUUCAAAAAGUCAAAUGUUGGGUGAAAGAACUGCGCAAAAUGCUAGGGACUGAUAUUUCGUUAGUUAUAGUCGGAAAUAAAAGCGAUUUGGAAAAGGAUCGACAUGUUGAUUUAGAUUUAGCUAAAACUUACGCCGAAAAAGUGAAAGCCAUGCAUUUUCAAACUUCUGCUAAGCUGAACGAAGGCGUGGAAGAAAUGUUUCUGGCUCUGGCUCAGAAAAUGCUGGAAGAGGCCAAGCUGAAGGCUGCUCACGAAAUCAGCUUAACGAGAAGAAAUUCCCAACGGGUGGUUCAAGUUGUAGACGAUGAAAACGUGCCGAAUACUAAUAAGAGCUGCUGCUCCAAUAGUUAGACUGUCAUUAAGUUCUAACCACUAUUAUUAUUACUGUAUAUAUAUUAUUAUUGUUUUAUUGCUACUAUUUUACAUGUGAUGUUAUUGUAAGUGUAAGAUUUAUUAUUAUACCACAUGCUGAAAAUUUAUUUUAUUUUUUAUAAAACAGAACUGGAUGUUUUGUGAUGUUUGCUCACUGCAUUUAGACCUGUAGAAGUGAUCGAUUAGUUCCAUUAAAUUUUCAGAAAUAUCCAUUGCAUUUUUGAUUUCUUUUUGCGGCCUAAAAGAAGAAAGUUGUUAAUAAAAGUUGCAUUAAAAGAUACUUACCAAAAUAUUAUUUAGUAUGUGAUAACUGAAAGAAAUGUUAAAAAUUAGACCUUUCAUCAUUUUAUAGUAAUUUUGAUCAUUAGUGUUUCUAUUU